CAAACUCCAACUCAACAUUUCCUCCCCUCGAAUCAUAAAUAAAUACCUAUAACCCGUUCCUUACUCCCCUCAAACCAAAAGUUAAUCCCAAUUACAUUCCCAUCCUUAUCAAUCCCUCACCACACCCCGACGACCCCGCCACAACCCCGCACCAUAACCAUGUCGUCCACCACCCCCACCACCGCCUUCCACAUCGAAGAAUGCACCCCCGCCGACGUCUCCUCCCUCGUGCACGUUUACCUCUCCGCCUUCACUCCCGAACCCAACCACAUCGCCUGUUUCCCCAACAGCACCUGCUCCUGGGCCUCGCAAUCCGCCUGGCUGACCAACCGCUUCGGGAAGCGCCUCAACCACCCCGGUCCCGGAGAGCGGCAUUUCAAAGUAAUCGAGACGGCGAGUGGCCGCAUGGCGAGUUUCGCUAGAUGGGAGUUCCCGCACACUCCUGCGCCGGAGGAGGCUACCGAGGCGGUAGUAGAGGAGGGCGGGAACAUGGAUGCGGAUUCCCUGCCCGAGGGCGCGAAUGUAGCGGCGUGUUUGGAGAUGUUUGGCGGGCUGGAUCGGAUGCAGAAGAAGUGGGUUGUGGAGGAGGAGAUGUAUUUGAUGGGGUUGUUGGCGACGGAUCCGGAGUUUCAGGGGAAGGGGUGCGCGUCGAUGUUGUUGAGGUAUGGGUUGGAGAUGGCGGAUCGCGAGGGGAGGAAGGCGUAUAUUGAGGCGACGCCCGCGGGGUUGCCGUUGUAUAAGAAGUUGGGCUGGGUGGUGGUGGAUGAGGCGGAGAUUGUGAAUGCGAGUAAAGAGACGCCGGAGGAUGAGAGGAGGUGGAUUAAUUGGAUUAUGAUUAGGGAGCCUGUUUCUAAGGCUUGAUUACAGAUGCCUCCGGAGAGAGCAUUAUUAGACUAGAGUCUCAAACUAUCCUAAUUAUUCAACUCCUCAGCAAACUCGCUCCUCAGGUGACCUCCACGGUACUCCCAGCUCCGCGAAUAUCUUCUUCUCAUCCGCCCCCUCCACCAGUUCCCCUUCAUUAAGUUUCACCCUCCCAAGGCCCCUCAUCACACCUUUAUACAAUCCCCUCUGAUUCAAUCUCAU